GUCUCCUGCCCUGGGAUGACUCCUCCUAAGCAGCACGGGGGUAUCCCCAGCGACGAAGAGCAAGCAACAGGGCUGGAGAGGAAAGUCAUGCAGGCCAUGGAAAAGGGACAGGAUCCCUACAACAUACUCCAACCAAAGCGCUAUGCUGGGACCAAGGAGGAUCCCAACCUGGUCCCUUCCAUCUCCAGCAAGAGGAUCGUGGGCUGCAUCUGUGAAGAGGACAACAGCUGCGUGAUCUGGUUCUGGCUGCACAAGGGGGAGCCCCAGCGCUGCCCCUCCUGCGGUGCCCAUUACAAGCUGGUCCCCCAUCAUCUGCCGCACUGAGAGGUGCCCUGACCCGCCCGGGGGCCCCCAGGCUGAGCUGCGUGCUGCUUUCCAGUGUCGUGUUGCUUCUUCGGAGCCAAUAAAGAGUUGGUGUGUUAAAGGCGUUGCCUCU